AGAACUGAGCUGAACAGCAUAGGAAAUUUUCUCAAUCUCGUCCGAUUUUAUUUCAACGCCUUACUCUAGCAAUAUGCCUGAUGAAAACCCCACGUCAAAGCCACACCAUGUCUCUCAUAAUGACCCUAAGGCAUAUCGAAAUAAACCAAAUAAGCACGAGACUAUAGAUACGCAACCCGCUUUUGCUGGGCAAUACUUCCUCGAUGAACAGCAACAUUGGCUAGAUUCGUACAAGGGAUACUACGAUGGUCCGCCUCCGACGCGUGGGGGCAAAACAGUCGCGACUUUAGAACCAUCGCCCAAACCCAAACCCAAACCAGCCCCCGUUAAUAAUCUGAAGUGAGGGCCCUGAUGCCUAGAAUCGGUGGUUUCUUCUAGGGUACCAUUAUUGGAGAUGGUUACCAGGGGGUCGAUAGAAAAGGGGAGCAAUAGGAAUUCGUGGCGUUAAAGAGGGGUUAGGCGAACUACACAUAUGUGUUGGAGCUGGAGCCUGGAGCUGGCGUUAUCACCUCAAGCUGCGAGCCCUAGUGAGAUUUUUCCCUAUUGUACUUGCAGUCUUCUGUGCACUGCGCCCUCAUGAGUGUACCACACAGCUGUGACGAAUUCAUACACUUGUUACUGGGCGGUAGCGCACCCCUCUUCACUCAGCAUUGAUUCCGUAGCUGUUCACCAGCGACUCUAGAAUUUUUGAGUUCUAGGUCUUCUCUUACAUCCCCCUGUCUUAGACUUGUAAUAUCAUGUCCCCUGAGGAGGCGAAGUGCCGAUCAUGCCGCUACAAGUUGGAGUUGGCAUGGUUUGAUGCUAACGCCUCAUCAGGUACUCAUGAAGUAAUUGUCACUAAAUUUAUUUAUAAAAAAUUACUU